AUGGCCGUUGGCGGGUUCUCAACAGGCACGGGAGGGGCGGGACUCUUGGGGAGUGGAUAUUUCAUGUUGAUGACCAACAUACUUCAUAUUAAAGUGCCAGUGGUGUUGAUAAUCUCUGCCUUGAUGCCCUGGGGGUUCAUCGCAGCGUAUUACAAGGUGCUUCCAGAUCAUGGUGACAACUAUGUUGCUUUGAACGAUGAGGAUGAGAAUGAUGGCACUUCUGUUGAAGACUUGGGUUUGGUGGAACCUCCAGACACAGAUGUCAAAUGGAACUCAAAGCAACAUCUUAUCACUACUAUUAGUAGAAUAAGACCUUUGGUGGUUCCUUAUAUGACACCAUUAUGUUUGGUGUACAUCUCAGAAUAUGUCAUUAACCAAGGCAUCUCGCCCACGUUGCUAUUCCCCUUAGACGAGUUACCUCCAUGGCUAUUCAAGUCAUACAGAGACAUCUAUGUAGUGUAUGGGUUUCUCUACCAAUUGGGGGUGUUCAUCUCUCGAUCCUCGGUCAAUUUCGGGAUCCGGAUUCGGCAUUUAUAUGUUAUGGCAUUGUUGCAAUUUAUUAAUGUGGUGAUAACAUUGACGCAAUCUUUAUACGAUUUUCCGUUUCCUCGUAUAUGGUUUUUGCUUGUACUAAUACUUUACGAAGGCUUACUAGGUGGCUUAUCGUAUAUUAAUACAUUUAUGCUGGUCAGCGAAGAAGUUGCUCCACACCAGAGAGAGUUUAGUAUGGGUUGUGUGACCAUUAGUGAUUCGCUUGGGGUUAUGGUUGCAGGGUUCAUUAAUUUGGGUUUGGAAACACAGCUUUGCAAUGCUCAGGUUAACAGAGGAAGAGAAUGGUGUCGUACAGGAUAA